CGCAGCAAGGCGCAAAGGGCCCAUCUACUCGUUCAAGAUGUCUCUCCAAGAGAAGCUCGACAAGAUCCGAUCGCCGAAGCUGCAGAACCAGCAUCAGACACACAUUGUACUGUCCGCGGUGGAGGAUACACUGCGGGACCAGAAAACAGAACCCUCACCAACUGGAUAUUUCGCAGCACUUCUUGCCUUACUUCGACAAGCUGUCUCGGCAGCAGGCGUCAAUAAAGAUUUAGCAACUUCGGUUGUCUACCUCCUCGAUGUCGUUACUCCAUAUGCCCCGCAGCCUCUCCUCCGCUCGAAGUUCUCACAAAUCCUCACAAAUAUUGCCCCGGCCUUGACUUUCCCCGAAGCAGACGCUCCCUUGCUCAGACCUUCGAUAGGAUGCCUCGAGUCAUUAUUGGUUGCUCAAGAUUCAGCGGCAUGGGAACUUUCACAAACACAAAUCGGCCCCCGAAGAGCUAUGGCUGGUCUCCUAAAUCUGGCAGUUGAUCACAGGCCGAAGAUCAGGAAGCGGGCACAAGAAGCUAUUACCAAUGUCUUGAAGAACCCACCACCGAGUCCAGCUGUUGAUCACCCUGCUGCAGAUAUGUGUGCUGAGACCGCUUUGAAGAGUUUGAGUGAACUUGCUGCGCGAUCAACCCAAGCAAAGAAACAAAGGAAAAGCGAGACAACCGAGCACGAACCGGCAUUGAUACACGCAUUACAGUUGGUCAAAACAGUCGCGGCUGCUUCGGGAGGCUGGCCUAGCAAGAAGAUCGAAGAAUUGUGCGAAGUGCUUCUCAAUAUCUCAAAAUCUAGCAACGAAUAUAUGACUAUGGCUGCAUUCGAGGUUUUCGAGAUCAUUUUCGAGGGUAUGGCGAAUGACGAAUCCUCCUCAAAACUGCCGAGGCUGUUGGAGGUAAUCUCAGAGCUACGACCAUCUCAGAAUGACUCCCAACUCCUCCCACCCUGGAUUGCUGUGCUCUCGAGAGGUUAUGACGUCUCUGCGCAAAUCGAACCCGAAGAGACUUUCCAAAAGCUCCCGGAGUUGUUCAAUUUGAUUUCAGCCUUCCUGGCAUCUUUAUCACACAACAUUCGAGUUUCUGCCUCGGAAUGUUUGAUCUCGUUUAUGGCAAAUUGCGUCCCGGAUUCUGUUCUCUUGGAGCCGUCAAUAUACGACGAGAAAAUCCUGCGGAGGCUUGCAAAAGUGGCAGUGGAUCUUUUGAGUAUCAAAUACCAGGCUGCUUGGAUGGAAACAUUCAAUGUCAUGGGAGCCAUGUUCGACGGCCUUCGAUGGCAAGCAGAUCCCAUAUUAGCUGAUGUUGUGAAAACUAUUGGCGAGCUUCGUGGCAACGAAUCCUUUAGUGGCAAGAAAGAGGCAGAUGAGAUCAUUGGGAAAGCUGUUCGAGCCAUGGGGCCAGAGAGCGUUCUCAAGAUCCUACCCCUCAAUCUUGCAAAACCAAAGCCAGGACAGCCUGGACGAGCCUGGAUGCUACCUAUUCUGCGCGACUAUGUUAACAACACGAAUCUGCAACAUUUUAAGACUGAGUUCGUUCCGCUCAGCGAACUGAUGUUCCAAAGAGUCAUCGACCAUGGUGAAGCUGAAAAGACCAUGGAGAUCAAGAUUUUCGAGACUCUAGUUCAGCAAAUAUGGGCGCUCCUCCCCGGAUAUUGUGAUCUACCAUUGGAUCUGGUCGAGUCGUUUGACGAAGAAUUUGCAGAAUUGGUUUCAAAUCUACUGUACAAGCAAGUCAACUUGCGAUCUGACGUCUGCAGAGCUCUUCAGACAUUAGUGGAGUCGAACCAAGCGAUUGUUGACAUUGAAGGCGAGGACGAUCUUGUUCUCCAACAUCGCGUUUCAAAGGCUGCUGCUCAGAAGAACCUCGACUACUUGUCAGGAUUCGCAAGUAAUAUGCUAGCUGUUCUGUUUAAUGUCUACAGCCAGACCUUGCCUCAGUACAGAGGCUAUAUCCUAUGCUGCAUCAAUGCCUAUCUGAGCAUUGCUCCUUCUAAGGAGAUCAUGGAGACUUUUGAGCGGGUCACAACGAUGCUGCAGUCGUCACUCUCCGAGGCAGGGACGCAAACGCAGGCAGAAAAACAGAAGCAAAAGCAGCAGAGCGCAACAGAUAAGAUGCCACCUAUGAGCCAUACUCUCAUGGACCUUGUCAUUACCAUCUCCAUCUAUCUACCGAGAGAAAGUUUCAGCACUCUAUUCAAUAUCGCGUCUUUAAUUAUCAUCAAAGAUGACGAUCCACAACUGCAGAAGAAAGCAUACAAGCUCAUCCCCCGACUAGCCGAAUCUCCAGUUGGCAAGCUUGCCUUGGAAGAACGAAGUGCCGAGCUUCAACAGUUACUUCUCGGCAGUGCAGAGAAAGUAUCAGCUCCAGCGAAGAGAGAUCGACUUGCCGCAAUAUCGACACUCAUUCCAUUCCUACCGAAUGACUCCCUCCAUUUUAUCCCUGCAAUUCUCUCCGAGGUUGUCAUCUCUUGCAAGGAAGUCAAUGAGCGUGCCCGAACAGCUGCUUUUGACCUUCUUGUUCUUAUGGGUGAGAAGAUUGCAGCAGCUCCUGGUGUGUUGAUCGAGAACAACAAAGUAGCACACAUGCCAAAGGAUACCCCAGCAGUCGAAGGAACCCUCGAAGAAUACUUCACCAUGGUCAGCGCUGGUUUGGCGGGCAACUCGCCACAUAUGCAAUCAGCUUGUAUCACAGCACUGACUAGGAUUCUCUACCAGUUCCGGGCUGCUCUUAAACCAGAAACCGUCUCCGAACUUGUUGAAACCCUAGAUCUUUUCCUCACCUCCAACAACCGCGAAAUCGUCCGAAGUGUAUUGGGGUUUGUGAAAGUCUGUGUCAUCAGUCUACCUGAGGAUCUCAUGCUCCCCCGACUCAAGACUUUAAUACCAAAUUUAAUGGUAUGGAGUCACGAGCACAAAGCACAUUUCAAGGCGAAAGUCAAGCACAUCCUCGAACGGAUGAUUCGCCGAUUUGGAGCUUCUACUAUAAACCAAUACAGUCCCGAAGAAGACCGCAAGCUCAUCGCCAAUAUUCGGAAGACGAAAGAGCGAAAUAAAAGACAUAAGGAUGCCGCCAAAGCAGCAGGUGCCGAAGGUAGCGAUGAAGAAGGCGAAACUGGCCAGAGGAAAGGCCGCUUCGAGAGCGAAUACGAUGAAGCUAUCUACGGCAGUGAUGAUGGCUCAGAUGGAUCGGAUGUCUCAGACAACGAAGUCCUCGGCAAGAGCAAGAAAGGGGCAAAGAAAGGCGGAAAGACAUAUAUCGUGGAAGACGAAGACGAACCUCUUGAUCUGCUGGAUCGUAGAGCGCUGGCGAAUAUCUCAUCAACGAAACCGCUCAAGCGACGCGCACCUGGCAAAACGAAAGCAAGGUUUGAUCUGGAUGGCAAAUUGUUACUUGAUGGUGAUAGCGAUGAUGGUGCGAUGGUUCUUGAUACCCCGGCUGAUGACAAAGGAGAUGAUGAAGGUGGCGUGGGCGCAUAUGUGAAAGCUAUCAAGGGGAGAGAUGCAGUUCAGAGAGGCAGAGGUGGAAGACUGAAGUUCUCGAACAAGAGGAGUAAAGAUGAAGACGAUGAGAUGGACGUCGAUGAGGAUGAUCUGAAGGUUGUGAAAAAGCAGAUCGGUGGCAAUUCUCGGGACAACUCCAGGGGCCGAGGUGGCAGAGGCGGUCCGAGAGGAGGCAGAGGUGGGAUUGCUAGUGGAAGGAGAGGAUUGGGCGAAGAAAAACGGCAUGGAAACGGUGGUCACAGAGGCCGUGGCGGAGUCAUAAAAUCACCUCGUGGGAAAGGCAGGAGAUGA